GGCAACCCCCCAUUCCACUACUAACAUAUCCCCCUCCGAAAGCCUCAACAAUAGGAAGGUAAAGACAAUGUUACCGGAGUUGCCUUCUACUUCAAAACAAGAACAGAAAGCAAUGGCUGAAUAUGAUGCUCGGAAGAAAGAACAACCGUCGGGGUGCCAAGGAAAGUUGAAUCAAACCAGGUGA